UCAAAGGUUGACUUUCUAAUUUCGGACGGUCCCAACUCCAAGCAAUCUGCAUCUCUCUCUCUCUCUCUCUCUCUCUCUCUCUCUCUGUGUCACACACACACACAACCCCCACACUGUCUGUCAAAAAAUCUAUCCGCAACUGCAAUGGCGACUACUACUACUUCUACAACCAUAACUUCGUCAAAUGGGAAGUGGAGCAACCUAUCAAAAUAUGCAUGUCGCAUAUAUUUUCUCCUCAUCGUUUUUCAGGUCCCACUUUUCAGGAUUCAGUGUAGAUCUGGCAUGUGUACAACCCCUGUUCAAGUGACAUCUUCGCAGUUGAUUGCUAGCGAGGUCUUUCCUCUUCCAGUGGUGAAGGGUCUUUUGUACCCUGGGGCCAUUCUAAAUGGCCUCCUAAAUAAUACAACUGUGCCAAGCUGGAAUAAUCUGCUGAGCAUUUACAACUUGACUGAGAUAAAGGAGGCCUCUGCCGUAGUUGACCUACAACGCCUGGAGGUUCUUGCUGGAAGUUACUUCUGUGUGGCCGGUUCCCUGAUUGGUAUUAUAAAACCUGGGAGGAUGAGCAUGUUCGGAACUCUUCUAGUCAUCUGGGGUCUUGUCAAGGAGGGCAUUCUUGCAAAGCCCGCAAACACAGAUCCAACAACUGCAGUAUUUGUCUACCCGACAAUGUUGAUAGCAUUGAUCUGUGCUUUCUUAUCAGUAAAAUAUGAUAUGAAGAAGGUAGUGAAAAGUGUUACGGCUCAACCUGUUGCCAGGCCUCUCAAGGGCACUACAAAAUCCAAGCUCAAAUGAUUAAGAUGAUGCACAUAUGGCAUUUUAUUUUAUUCUCAAGAUUCUUACCUAUGAUGCAUCAGCUGUGGGAUCUUUCGUUCAGUGUCUUAAUUCAUCUUACAGACUUCCUUUGUACCUUCCAAAUAUUUGGAAAGCACAUCUUAAUCCACCCAUCUUGUCAUGUCUGAAAUCAGGUCAUGCUACAUUACAUUACACAAGGCGAAUGAUUUUAUCACCCCAAACCAACAAUCUCAUGGCCUUGGAUGGACAGAGGGAGUCACACCCAAUCUAUCCAAAAAAUUUACUGAGCAAACCGAAAAUGAAAAGCCUGAAUGCUUAUGUUCUCAGCCGCCAACCUGAAAUAAAGACUAUUAACUAUACUCGAAAUAAUUGGAGAAACUUGAGCUAUCAUCUGAAAGAAUUCUAUCAGUUACAUCUGCAUAAUAUUUUCUAAAAGAGAAUAAACAAAAGAAAACGGUACAAAAGUUACAAAAAGAGGCCGAUGCAAAUUGCUGUCAGCUACAAAAUGACUUCGGCCAACUACACAGUAAUGGUACAGACAGCUGCCUUCCUCUUACCUUUCAACAUCCUUUAAUUUUAUUUU